AAUAAAUGUAUAUAUAUAUGUAUGAAUAAUAUCCUAUAAUUCAGGACUGACCCAUCUAUCCGUGACAGAAAAUACAUGUUCGGGUAAACAUGUAGUUUAGUCUCAUUUACUUUAAAUUAGCUCAAACUUUCUACGUUUCUACGUCUUUCGCGAGAAGCUGGAAACAUAGUAGCUUAUAUAACUUUCAGUGCACAUUAUUCAAGGUACACUGAACGUUCUAAGCAUUGCGACAUUUCGCUUUACUUUGCGACAGACCAUAGUGUGACACGAGUUUUUGUCGGUUCAAAACAUGAGAGGUCAUUUGUGACUUUGAUCUGCGAAAAAGGUGGACUGAAAGUUAUGUUUCCAGCUUCUGACAGAGGCGGAUCAUAACAUAAGGAACAUGGCCACUACCGCAGUGGCCGUGGGGCUGACUUUGGCAGCGGCUGGAUUUGCAGGUCGCUAUGCCAUGCAGGUCAUGAAGCACAUGGAACCACAAAUGAAGCAAGCCUUACAGAGUUUCCCCAAAACUGCGUUUGGAAGCGGAUACUACAGAGGUGGAUUUGAGCCAAAGAUGACCAAGAGAGAGGCCUCCCUCGUGUUAGGAGUCAGUCCCACGGCCAACAAGAUCAAGAUCAGGGAAGCUCACAGAAAGAUGAUGAUCCUAAACCAUCCAGACAGAGGCGGAUCACCCUACCUAGCAGCCAAGAUAAAUGAGGCAAAGGAUCUAAUGGAUGGACAGUUGAAGAAAUAAACUCUUCAUAUUGUUGCACUGGAUGGGAUGGGGAUCUUUUGUAAUUGCAUGUUCCCAAAUAAAUUAUGUAUAUACCACUCAACUGCUUGGUUUACCCCUGGAGCUACGAUAUAGGGACUUAAGCUAUGCAUUUAGUCUAAGAACAUCUGGUAAAAAAAGGGGUACUAUGUUGUGCUACAAUCCCCUAAAAUAUUUUACAAACCUUUUUAAAACCUGGUGCUUAAAAAAAUAUCUGGUGGACAACUGGUGCCUUGCAGUGUUGGUUAGACAUGUUUUUUUUUUUUCUUCAGAACAAUCUCAUACUUAAAUUACAAAAUUGACAAGGCUGUUUUAGAUCCAGAUGAAAGAUCAGGUUUUAUUUAAGAACUACCUGCAUACAAAACAUAUUGCACAUCAAACAACCAGAAUGAUCAUUAAAAAAACAGACAAACGCAGCUGACCAAACAAAAUCUGGAGAUUGUUUUCUCAGUAGUCCAAAUUGCCACCUGUGUGAAAAUACAUCAAGGCCAGUUUUAGUGUUCAAGAAUUCAAUUGUUUUUCUUUUUAAAUACUGUACAGUUUUUGAAAAAUAAAUAAAACCAAAUGAGUUCUCUGAGA